CCUUGUAAAAGGCGGGAGGGGCGGGCAAUGACGUAAUGAAGUUACAGUCGUUACGACAGGAAACCACAAUUCCCAGGAUGCAGUUGGAAAAAUUGUGGCCAGUGGACGGGGGGGAAGGGAAACUGAGAUUGGAGGGAGACACAAUCAGAAACUGAGAUUCUACCAAAACAAAGACUGGCUCCGUGACCUGCCCUCAAGAGACUGAAGUACCAAAUUUCUGGUACUUGUCAGGCCAGUACCGAAUUUGUACCGUGUGCCAAAGUAAUGAAGUUUCUAGGACAAGGGGAGCCCAGCCCCGAGAAGGACCGCCAUGUCACAUUUGUUGUCUACCCGUGCGGACCGCUGGGGCACAUGAAGGGAGCAACUUUUCAGUAAACUUUUUUUUUUUUUUCAUGGAUUUCCAUUUCUGGCCUCCGUCUCUCGUAGACAGAAACCUGUGCGUUCUCCGUGCACACCUUCAAGGACAUCGGAGAAUCUAAUACAUAAAGGGGUUUCCGUCAUCCCAUCAACCGUUGCCACAGGACAGAAAUGCAAACUGUCCAAUGUCCAGAACACGGCUCUUGUUCAGCGCUGACACUUAUGUGAAAACACGCUGAUCGCCGUGGCCUCGUGUUCUCACCACAGGAGCUUUUUCGUAUUUGCCGCUGCUAAAGAUGUGCACUACAGAACACUACAGGGCGCUUGUCCUCGCAUCGGCUUCUCGGACCAUCGCGCUCCGUGACUUCAGAAGUCUGUAGGGUCCAGGAUCGGGAGCACGUGCGCCAGCAAACACACUCUCGUAUGCAAUGGAGGAAGACAUCGACGUCACAUCCCACGUGGAGGGUCUGGAUCUUCUGUCCGGUAGAUGUAACCCGUUAGAGGAGAUCACCAAUGGAUACUCCAAACACAAGCCUGUCAUGAAUGGAGUGAUUAUUGGUCAUGGGGUCAACGACCACACCAACGGCAGCGCCCCCCUCAGAUCUCUGCCGAUUUCAGCGCUGAAGCAGAAUGGUCUCCUGCAGUCUCUGGCUGCCACCGGCGGAGAACAGACUAAACUCACAGAAGAGGAAAACGCCGAGUUGGAAAAGGCUCGUCAGGAGUGGGAAGUUCUGGAGAACGUCCAACCAGCUCUCACCGAGGACUCGAACCCUUCCCCUCUCAUUUCCUUUAACGAAGCGCUGCAGUACUUCCAGACCACAGACCUCGGGGACCUGCUGAAAAACAUCCAGCCGACAGUUCGGAGGACGGGACUGGCUGCCAUCACACACUUCCUGUUCGGACCUCCACGGCUGCACCGGGAACUGCAGGAGGAGCGGGACCUUGUCUUUGCUAUUGCACAGUGCCCUGUGGACAACAGUCAACCCGUCCACAUGCGUGUCCUCCAAACCAUUUACAAGAGACUGAUCAGCAGCAGACUGGACUGUCCUCGCUUCGGAGCUCACUGGGAAAACAUUGGCUUUCAGGGUACCGAUCCGGCCACCGAUCUACGCGGCACCGGUUUCCUGGGACUGAUGCACACUCUGUACUUCGUCAUGGACCCGGAGACUCUGCCGCUUGCUCGGGACAUCUACAAGUUGUCCCAGCACCCCACACAGAACUUUCCCUUCAGCGUGAUGUCCAUCAACAUGACGCGCAUCGCUCUGCAAGUCCUCAGAGAGGAGGCUCUGUCCAAGGAGUGCAACCGUCGUCAGCAGGUGGUGGGCGUGCUGAACGAGUUCUACGUUGCCACCUACCUGCACCUCUAUCAACUGUGGAAAACGCAAAACAAGACCAUCGCUGACUCCGGCUUCGUACUCAAAGAGGUGGAGCUGUUUGCCAAAAAGAACCCCAAGCAGAUGCUACGUCGACUCGAGGUCUUCCUGAAGGAGAGGCAGACGGUGGGACUCCCCCGCGGGGCGUCGUCAUCAGAUCCGUCGGUGCAGCAGCAGCCGUCUCCCAGCCCGGGGGAGCCGGGGAGCAGAGCCGGAGCGGCGCUGGGAAACAAGGGAAAGGAGAUGCACUUCACCGGAGUGUGUGAUCUACCGCCGGACGUGGAGGGAGAGGCCAGACUCAUUUGAACUGGACUCCGUGAGUGUGUGCGCGUGUGGUUCACUUCCUGUACGUGUAUUCGCCAGUGACUUACUCAGAGAGCUAGAAGAACCCUGACCCCGACCCUGACCCUGACCCAGGGCCUGCUGUCGGAACCUUUUUCAAACACUUCCACUCCCUUCCUUGCUGCUGGGGGGUUGCACUUUGAUCAGAUUAGCUACGAGGCGGAGUUUCUGAUUAUUUUCUUUUUGUAUUUGUUUUGUUUUUAAUUUAUUUAUUUUAUUAACAAGAAGAAGAAAAAACAAACAAGUAGAAUAUAUAUAAAUAUAUAUUUAGAGAGAGAGAGCUCACGCAGGUCAGGAAGCAUGCGUCGUGGAAUCAAGCAAGACGAUUUUUGCACUUUCUAUGAAAUACACAACGUUCCACUCAACGUGUCCAAAAAAAAAAAAAAAAUUCCCCCCCCAAAAAAAGUCGGCUUAUCUAACCAUCAAAGUGGAGUCGUUAGAGCGCUUUCCCACCGGCACUAGCUAUCAGUUGUUUUUUUUUUGUUUUUUUUUUUUUUGUUUUUUCCUACCCAAAAUGCACUGCGCUCGAUGUCACUUCCUGUCCUCGGUUCAUUAAUUCUUCCUGUUUCACGUCCCAACCCCUGGUUCUCUUUCUCUCUCUCUCUUUGGUUUCUUUUUCCGAUCUCCUCUCCUCGCACCAGCAAGUGAACUUCAUGUGGCCCAACAUGUGGGCUGCAGUCCGUGCCAGAGUUUGGCUCGAAUAUUUGGGCUACGUGAAUCGGACCGUCUGUAGAGAGUGGACCAGAAACGAGAGUCUAGUUUUAAGCUGAAAGCUCAAAGCCCGGCUUAAGCUGAGGUUAGGUAGUUACAGGAUUUUACCCACAAUUCCCUGUCGGGCACAGUCGGCGAGGUUAGUUGGGUGAGACAGGAAAUGGUUUCUGAAGACAACAGGAAACAGCGAGGAUGUCAUUACGUAGAUUGCGAUACAGCUGGAGAGGUUGUCGGCCCAAAGGUUGGUCGGCAGCCCCGGAAAUGUCCGGCAACCGGUAGUUUGAGGCGUUCGCUCGCCGUUAAUGUUAGUUUGACAACUGGCGUUGUCGUCGUCGUCUGCGAUCCCUCCUCCGACAACCAGUAUGCGAAAAACUAAGGAUUAGUUCAAUUUUUUUUUUUUAAUUUAAUAAAAAUCAUGAGAUUUCAGCGACGGAAUAACGACAAACCCAGAGGAAUUAAAGGUUUUCGGUACAAACACGAGGCCUUGAACGCAGCGCGCUUCGGUCGAUGACAUCACUCUGUCAGUGUGAAUGAAAAUACGAUCACGUAAAUGAUGUCGGAGACACCCGGUUGGUCGGUCAGUCAGGUGGGAUGGAGAGAGACACUACCUUAUUUGGGCAAUAUAUUUUAAACACAUACAUAAAUAUACAUAAAUAUAUAAAUAUAUAUUUAAAGAAAAGAGGCGUGUCCUUUCUGAAGACACGACCUCCGUGACCUUGUCUAUAGAUCUACGAGUGAAACUGGUGUCAGACUGACGGUGUGUGUGUGUGUGUGUGUGUGUGUCCUAGCUAACGUCAAAGUUCUGGUCUGGAGCUUUUCUCUACAUUCCAUUAUGAAGCAUGUGAUUGUAAAUUUUUCGCGACGACUUUCGAAGUUUAUCCUCGUGCGAGUGUGUGCGUGCGUGUGUGUGUGUCAAAUGGAUGAGCUGAUAUCAACGAAGGCCGCCCCUCCUUGGCGACGUAUGGUACGGCAUGAUGCAAUCCCAGCUGUCAGUCAACGAUGAUCGGACCGGACUGCAGGGUUUGUGUGAAUGUGUGUGCGUGCAUGCAUGUGUGUGUGUCGUACGACAGGAAAUGACUACAGAUAUGGCGCUUUUCCACUUUACACAAAAAGCCCCGGCUUUAUCAAGUGCUUCAUCCACCGAGGCUGCGACGGGAAAAUCGUCCGAAAAAAACUCAUUCGGAGACGUUGGUGUUUCCCAACCUUUUUCCGAGCCUCGGCACAUAUAUAUAUAUAUAUAUAUAUAUAUCGUGGAACGACACACAAAAAUAUAUGUAAAUAAAUAUAAUAAUAUACGAAUUUAAAUUUAUGUAAUAAACGUACUCCUGUUUAGUUGAAGACGAUGCUAAUAUACUGGCAGGAAUUGAAGAAAGACACAACGAUCUUCAACAGUUCUGAUAAUAUUUUCCUAAGUUUUAACGACCAUCUGCUGCCACCUAGUGGGAAAUGAUUGCAUUGCUCUUUGAUGAACAAACAAAAAAAAACGAUUUCUAAUAAAUAAAUACUAGUUUUG